AUGGAGACAGCGGGCACGGCGGCGGGCUGGGUUAUUUUCUUCCAUCUUCCUUUCAUCUCUGGAAGCUCCAUCAGUAUUGGGAUAGGCGGCAAUUAUUCCAAUCUCCCCAUUGCCUCGAACCAGAGCAGCGCUUCCAGCGCCUUCCCGAGCCGCGGGGAGCACGGCGGUGACAGCAGCCUGCUGGUGUCCCCGCUGCUGGUGGCAGGGGUGGUGAUCGGGCUGGUGCUGCUGCUCUCCUGUGCCACCAUCGUGGUGGGCAGCCUGCGCAGGGACAGCCGGGCCCGCCGGCCCCGCCCGGGCACGGCGGCUGCGGACGCUCCAGAUGGUUUCUCCCACGGCGGCUCCUCUGCAGAGCUGAGAUCCACCUGCAGUGAGGAGCUCCCUCCAGGCUGUGAUUUUGACUCCUACCUGGACAUACUUUCUCAGGUGAACAUCAUGUAUCCUGAUCUACCUCCAUGCUACGAUGAAUGUGUGGGGCCAGGAGCAACACAAAUAUAUAUUCCCACAGAUGAUCCCCCCCCAUAUUCCCUGACGGACCCUUGCCAAAGAAAUGAAAUACCUGGAAACAUCUGUAGCAGGCAGGAGGAGGAGGCAGCCCGUGCCGCAGGGAGGCUGCGGGAGCCCGGCUCGGCCCUGGCCGUCAUCUCCCGCUGCGGGGGCGGCUCCGCCGUGCGGGACAGCGGCGUGUGAGCACAGCGUGUGUCCAGAGGGACAGCCAACGCCUCCGCUGGCCACCGGGCCCGCAGCGCCGCAGUGACAGCGGCUCUUCCUUCGCUUCUUCUGAAGAACUCAGACCAACAGAAGAAUAAAAACCUCUGGAAGUUUUACCGAUUUUAUAUCUUUAAACAGGGAUACAGUGGGAUCCCUGUGAAUCCCAAUGGGAUUUUUUUUUACAGUGAAUUUUGCAAGUUUAUGUAAAUUUCCCUGUUUGUGCUUCAAAGUGUUCCAUGGCAUCACACAGCAUAAGAGCAGCAGAGACAAGCAGUGCAUCUGACCUUUCUGAAGCAUUGCAGAACCCAUUGAAAUUAGCCAGAUAAAUUAGGAAGAUAAAUGUUAUCCAGUCAAGCCUACUUGUUGAUUUUAUGAUACUUUGCAUGUUUUAGAAGAGACGGAAAAAGAAGAGCCUUUUGUUGUCAUUGUAGUGUCACUAGUACAGCUCAUUCAGUGUAUUGACAACAAAGCAUUUUUAAAUAACUCUUUGUCUGUGUGUUUCAGUAGGCAAAGCACUGCCUAAAAAAAAGAGUUUUAUCAGUACCAUGUAGAUUUUUAUCAGUACCAUGUAGAUUUUUAUCAGUACCAUGCAGCUCCCGGGCAGGAGCUGCGCAUCCUUCCCGGCCCCGCUGUAGCCAGGGGAAGGCACAGCGAUCCCAGGGGGUGCUGCAGGCCGGCUCCGCACACGGCUGCACUUCCAGGCACAGUCCCGGCUCUUUUCGCUCUGAUUGUGAGUGUG